UGUCAGUCACUCUUGGCUACGAAUAUACGAUUGAUUCCCCUUUCCGAUUAGAUUUGGACCCUCUAAACCAAAAAAGAGAUUAAUUUUGAAUUCAUCAUGACGACGACGACGAAGACGACGAUUCAGUUUCUCUCAAUACGUUGAAAUUUCUUGUUGUUGUUGUUGUAGCUUCAUCAAUCUCGUCUUUUUAAAAACUUUUUUCUUCUUUUCCGAUUCGAUUUAGCUUUCUCUCUAUUGGAUCGGUUUCUUAGGUUUUUACAGGCUUUGCUACCAAAAAAAAUCUGAUUUUUUUUUACUUGCUCGAUUGAUCUGAUCGAAACAGAGCUUCUUCUAAUAGUCAGUUUGAUCAGGUGAAUUCCAUAUUUCUUCUCUCUACGCUUGCUCGAUCUGAUUUCUGGGUUUGAUCGUGGAUCGAGAAUUGGGAUUCAAAUCGAGUUUCAUAGAUCGAUUCUCAUCCAAUCCCAAUCCCAAAAUAGUUUUGUUAGAGAAGAAAACAAAAAGAAUCCAAUUUUGAAGAUUUGAAUCGGUUGGUAACUUUAUCUCUCUCGAGGGAAUCGAGUGAGUGAGAUGGUAUAUUUCCAUAGCUCAAUCUCGGUCUGCAAUUCCGUCGACCAAUCUCCAACAACAACAUUGAUCAUGUCCAACUCUCUUCACUCCUCCUCUAAGCUGCCAAGAACCACUCGCAGAUCCCACACUUCUUCACCGACCUGUUCCAAGUUCCCUGUCUGCGACGGAUCUCAGUCCGCUGCGAUCGAUGUCGUGAUCCUUAUCGCCGUGAUCACCGCCUGCGGGUUCCUCUUCUUCCCUUACGUCAAGCUCAUCACCCUCAAGUCUAUUGAGUUCUUUUCAGAUCUCUCUGUUUUAGUCAAAGAAGAGAUUUUGCAGAACCCUAUUGUGUAUGGAUCAUUAGCUUUGAGCAUCUUCUGUGCUGCACUCUCCACUUGGCUUGUUAUACUCUUGUGUACUAUGCAGCGUUGCGGCAAACCCAAUUGUAAAGGGCUUAGGAAAGCUGUUGAGUUUGAUAUUCAGCUUGAGACUGAGGAAUGCGUCAAGAGCUCCAGCAACAACAACAGCAGUGCCGCCAAGAGGGGGAUGUUUCAGCUGCCUCGUGUCCAUCACCGUGAAUUGGAAGCCGAGCUCAAGAAGAUGGCACCGCCUAAUGGGAGAGCUGUCCUGGUUUUCAGAGCCAGGUGUGGUUGUUCUGUAAGGAGAUUAGUGGUUUCUGGACCAAAGAAGCAGCAAAGGAAGAUCAAGAAAUGAAAACAGAGAAAGUAUUACAAUGUUCAUUCAGUCUUUGGAUAUGAGAUUGGAUCGUUUACUCUAUUUCUUCGGGUAGCUUUUACUCUCAUACACACAAUUUUUUACAAGAACUGAUAAAUAUGUUAUAGUCUGUGUUUAAAUAAGGUACAAUGGAAACUAGCAUUGUAAGAAUAUUGUGGGAAACCGGUUAUAGUGAAGAACAUUUUUGUUAUACUCUA